AUGCCUGCUGAAUAUGCUCAAGAAAAGCACAUUUUCCCUCAUUAUGGUGCUCCUGAAGAUGACAACGACGACUCCGAUUGGCUACAGAGACAUCUGGUUUCAGGAAGGACCCCCUCACUCCGCCGGACGCCCUCGGUCCCGAGCAACGCGAAGGCGCGAGCCUUGAGCUCAACCUCCCUCAUGAUCCAGUGGGACAAACCCACAGAGUCUUCCUUAGAAAUGACGUAUCCCCUGACACACGAGGUACAUUACACCAGCAACCCUAUCCUGGAAACAGCAGUGUGGUCAAAGCAAGUGGCAAGUGGAAACAAUUUCACCAUCGUCUCCGGUUUGACACCAUUCACAGUCUAUACCAUCCGGGUGAAUGGACACAACGCCUACGGUCCUGGACUCCUCUCGCCAGUGGUCUUCCAGCAAGCAGGAUCUCAAAGCUCACCAAAACCCCUCGAUCUACUAUCUACAGCAUUUUUCGGCGAUACAAUGAGCUUGGAUCAGCAGCAGAUCGCCAAAUAA